UGGCACUUCCUGGGCGGCGUGUCGCAGACACCGAGUGGGGCGCCUCAGGGUGUCACUUCCUUCUGCGUGAUUGGCUCCCCGCGGCUGAUCAGGGCGUAAGUAAAUAUGAAGCCUUUAAAAUCACGUGGUUUCUCGCUCCCACGACUUUGAAAAACUCCACAUACCGGUGACGAUGAGUCUCCUGCAACAAACACGAUGUACUUGACCUCCUGAACUUCACAAUGUGUUCAAUCCCCGGGCUUCCAAAGCUCGGAUCAGAAGUUCCUGUUGUCAUCACAAGGGUAAACCUAAACCCCAAUUGCGGUCUUGUAGAACUAUGGGUUCACAUUGAUGAUGGACGGAAGCAUGUUUAUAACCAGAUGAAAGAGGAAAUUCAGAUUCCCAAAAGAGAGUUUUCUGGAUCAGAAGGAAAGCCUGGGGAUCUCUGUCUGGUUUGCAUAAGUGCCACAUGGCACAGGGCUCGGAUUGUAUCGUUUCCAGCUGAAACGUGCAAUGUUUUUCUAAUUGACCAGGGACAGUCUCAUAUCACCACAAGUGAAGCUUUGGCAUGGGGCCACAGUGACUGUUUUCUCCUACCUCCUGAAACGGAAUCAUGCCUACUUGCAAAUGUUGUCUCUCUUGAGAAUAAAUGGCCUGAAAUUGCCACAAAGUUUUUGGUGUCUCUGUCCGGAAAGAAAUUUGUGGGACUGAUUCAGCACGUGCUGAUGCCAGACAGGACCAUCCUCCUUGACAUACCCUCUGUUUCAACGCAUGUCUGUGAGAUUGGAGUUACAAAGAAGAUGCCAAUGGAUGAGUUUAAAAGCCUUGUGCAGAAAUGUCUCGAGGCUGAACGCCUAACGCAUGGACAGAAGGUCAAUAAAAACCAACUUGAGAAGCAGGGCGAAUACUUUUACCCAGAACUGUUAACUGACGCUUUUGAAAUAGUUAACGUGACACAGGUAACCAGUCCAUGUAAAAUGUUUUGCAAACUCCACAUUUUUUCCAAAGCAGUGACGAUUUUGUCCGAACAAAUCAAGCAGCACUAUGAAGAGAACUCAGAUUUAGGAGAGACUGAACCGUUGACUUGCGGGGAUCCAUGUGCCGCUCGAGGGGUAGAUGGCAGAUGGCAUCGCUCUUUGCUACAAGAAACGCUAAAUAGUGAUGGUGCUGUAGAGGUCUUGUAUGUAGAUGAAGGAAAACUUGAAGUGCUUCCAAUUGGAGAUGUAAGACCUCUCCAUGGAAAAUUUCUGAGAAUGCCUGUUGUCACGUAUCCCUGUUCUCUUGAAGGCAUAAAAGAUAACGGCAAAGGUUGGACCACAGGUCAGAUUGAUUAUUUGAACUCACUACUCCUGAACCAGAAGUUCGUGGCAAAAUUUAACCACCACAAUAUACGUCAAAAUGUCUAUAAUGUCAUUCUGUAUGGAGAUAAUGAUACAUGCAUGAACAACUGUUUUAAGGAGCUUUUUUCUUCCAAGACGGAGCAAGAUACAAAUUUCCAAAAUGGACCCCUUACCUCGACAUUUCUCAGUUUACCUGGAAAACAAGGUUCCAUAGAUUUACCGAACAAAGUCCCAGUAAAUGUUGAUGUUUUACAAGAAGAAACCUGGCCAUCCACAAAGAACCAAGCAGUUAAUGGUAUGACUAAUGAUUUAACAACUUCGCAAGGUGACCAUCUUCCUAUCAAAGAGAGUUCAGAGCAUCGAGACCCUAUGGUACAGAUUAAUAAGCAUCUUUCAAAAGGUUUUCCCUCUGAGAUGCAAAGUCCUUGCGAUGACGAUAUGUUGACUGUUGGAAGUAGUGUCGACGUAAUCGUUUCUUUUGUUGAAAGUCCACAUACAUUUUGGUGUCAACCAAGGAAAAACUUUGAGCAUCUUGGGCUGCUGAUGCAGGAUCUGCAAAACCAUUAUGAAUCCAUCCCCCCUCAGCCACUAGUUGAGUCAAUCUGUGUUGCCCGUAAUCCAGGCGAUGGCAUGUGGUAUAGAGUCAGGACCCAUGCAAGUCAUCGCUCCCCUGUUGUAGACGUGAGAUUUAUAGAUUAUGGUAAAACGGAGUUGGUUCCUCUGCAAGAUAUUUUACCCAUUGAUCCAGCUUUCUUACGGCUGAAUCCGCAGGCUUUCCAGUGUAGCUUAUUCAACGGCGAGACUUCCAUCUCUCCCCCCAAACAAAGUGUGUCCAGGUCUGUUGACACUGUUCCACUUGCAUCGUUUAAAGUCCCUACAGAAGUGCCAGAGGAAGUCAACAGGUGGUUUGCAGAUAGUACGAUUGGCCAAAAAUGCACCAUUUCAGUGGUGGCAAAAGGGGAAAAAGGGAAGCUUGUUGUUGAAUUGUUUGCUGGAGCUCUGAAUUUAAAUGUGAAAGUCAGAGAGAUGAUAUCAAAGUUGACACAAGAAGAGACUUUUAGUCUUGUUCAGCAGACUGACGAGCAGCUUUCAAACUGCACAGAAAGUGGCAGUGUGCCACAUGAGGACUGUUUAAUGCAAGAGUUCACAAAUGUGUCCUUGUUAACAAUGAAAGAUGACAUGAACGAAGUGCAAAAUGACAAUGGCUCAUACGUGAGAGAUGGGCUCAGUGAACAAUUCAUAACCAAUGCCUGUGAACAUGAUGGGACUUUCGAAGAAGGAAGAAAGCCGACUUUGUAUCUUAUGGACAAAGAAAUGGAAGCUUGCAACAGUGACUCAGAAAUACCAAAACUUUCCUUGCCUUCCUGUCCUGAGGGAAAUGAGAACGUCUGCAUGUACAAGUGGCGAAACACUCCCCAAAACCAUAACGAGGAAGUAUUCGCAUCCUGCAUUGUUGGACCACAAUACUGGUGGUGUCAGUACGCCAACACUGAAGACCUGAACAUUGUGUCGAGGCUUGCUCAGGAAGCAGGACAGACACAAGAGGACGUGAUGUUCCCUGAGACUCUUGGUCCCGGCAGUCCAUGCCUUGCUCAGUUCUCCAGUGACAAUCGGUGGUAUCGAGCACAAGUAAUACGCAGGGUUGAAGAUGCAUUCCAUGUCUUGUUUAUAGACUAUGGUAAUGAGUCUGAUGUCACCCUAAAAAAUGUGAGAGCACUGCCACAUACUCUGGUGGAUAAGGCUCCUCAGGCCUUUUUGUGCUCUCUGCAAGGAUUUGAUGAGUCAAAGGGCUCCUGGAAUGACGACGUAUACGAUGACUUCUACAAUCUCCUGAUUGAUAAACCACUUAAACUGACACUGUUCAACAUGGAGGAGCAUUCAGAGGCUGCAGUGCCACAGUAUGUAGUGGAAAUUGAAUGUGAGGGAGCAAUUGUGAAUGCAGCAAUGAAGAAAUACUGGAAACCAGUUGCCAAAGGGCGCCUUUCAAUGGAACGCUCUGAAGGGAAAACCUUUGUCCAACAUACUCAAACUGAGUCCAACAGUCCAAUAACGCAUCCAAAUGUUUGCAAAGAAACUGUGAAAGCAUAUAGGUUCAAGAAGCCAAACCUCUCUUAUAACACAGAAGAGGAGGUAUAUGCUUCUUGUAUUGUGCAACCCCAUUACUUUUGGUGUCAGUACACCAACACAGAGGAACUCAACGAAGUGUCGAGGCUUGCUCAGGAAGCAGGACAGACUCAAGAGGACGUGAUGUUCCCUGAGAGCCUCUGUCCCGGCAGUCCAUGCCUUGCUCAGUUCUCCAGUGACAAACAGUGGUACCGAGCUCAAGUAAUUCGCAGAGUUGACGAUUCAUUCACUGUCUUGUUUAUUGACUAUGGAAACGAGUCGGAUGUUGAUAUGAAGAAUGUGAGAUCACUGCCUCAGGGACUGCUCGAGAAGGCACCUCAGGCCUUUUUGUGCUCUCUGAAAGGAUUUGAUGAGUCAAAGGGCUCCUGGAAUGACGACGUAUACGAUGACUUCUACAAUCUCCUGAUUGAUAAACACCUCAACCUGACAGUGUUCAACAUGGAGGAGCAUUCAGAGGCUGCAGUGCCGCAGUAUGUAGUGGAAAUUGAAUGUGAGGGAGCAAUAAUUAAUGCAGCAAUGAAGAAAUACUGGAAACCAGUUGCCAAAGGGCGUCUUUCAAUGGAACGCUCUGAAGGGAAAACCUUUGUCCAACAUACUCACACUGAGUCCAACAGUCCAAUAACGCAUCCAAAUGUUUGCAAAGAAACUGUGAACAAAAAUAGGUUCAAGAAGCCAAACCUCUCUUAUAACACAGAAGAGAAGGUAUAUGCUUCUUGUAUUGUGCAACCCCAUUACUUUUGGUGUCAGUACACCAACACAGAGGAACUCAACGAAGUGUCGAGGCUUGCUCAGGAAGCAGGACAGACGCAAGAGGACGUGAUGUUCCCUGAGACCCUCUGUCCCAGCAGUCCAUGCCUUGCUCAGUUCUCCAGUGACAAACAGUGGUACCGAGCUCAAGUAAUUCGCAGAGUUGACGAUUCAUUCACUGUCUUGUUUAUUGACUUUGGAAACGAGUCGGAUGUUGAUAUGAAGAAUGUGAGAUCACUGCCUCAGGGACUGCUCGAGAAGGCUCCUCAGGCCUUUUUGUGCUCUCUGAAAGGAUUUGAUGAGUCAAAGGGCUCCUGGAAUGACGACGUAUACGAUGACUUCUACAAUCUCCUGAUUGAUAAACACCUCAACCUGACAGUGUUCAACAUGGAGGAGCAUUCAGAGGCUGCAGUGCCACAGUAUGUAGUGGAACUUGAGUGUGAAGGAUCGGUUGUAAAUAAACUAAUGGAGAAACACUGGAAAGGAUUGAUCACGGACCAUACCUCAGAAUAGUGUUUGUGAUCAGCUGUGGACCAAGAUGAAGGCCCAUUGGGAAACUCGAUGCAACUGCAACAGAAUAACCUCGACUUUUGUAAAGCGCAAGUUCCGUCUUUUUAGAAAAUGUGUUCAAUUAUUUUCAGAAAUGAAGCUUGGCAUAUGGUUGAUAUGUUUCAAUAAACAGUGCUUGUAUGAAUAUAUUUGAGAGAUUUAAAAAAAAAAAAAAAAAGAUCAGAGAGAUCUGAAAAGGUCUUUUAGCAGGUUAGGGAUGCAAAUCUUUUUCUAAAUGUGUUAUCUGACUUUGGCUCAUCAGUGUUGUCUAUAUUAAGUUUUAUAGUCACACAAUCUGUAUUUCGACCGGAGAAAACUCAAUUUGAAUUUAAAAAUGUACAGGCAUAAAUUAUGAAUAGUACAAAGUCUUCUAAAAGAGGACAACUGAAGGGAUGCUGAGACCAGGUUAUGACUUAUCACACCCUGGGGUCCAGACACUGGUGCCACACAGUCUAAAAAAAAUGCUGAUUUGAGGUGGAGGGCCAAAUAUGAUUUGAGUGGAAAUUACAACUGAUAUACAACAUUUUGAAACUUUGACAAACGUGUGAUUGGCUUCAGGUAACUGACAAAUCAGGUCCGUUAAUAUAAAAUGAACUAAAAUCAGUUAUUCACAGGGAGAGAAAUUAAGAUUAUGAAUUAAGUCUGUAAAGAACAUUUGUGACUACUUAAGCUUCAUUUGUGUUUCGUGAAACGACAAAUUAGGGUUUCCAUUUAGUACUCUGGAGCCCCUCUGCUCAAUUACGGAAAAUACAUUCUUAAAGUUAAACAACUGCACUAUAAAAAUAUUCCCAACAUUUCAUGUUGGCUGCCAAAUCACAAAAACAGGAGUUGAGCUUUCAUGUCUUUGCACAACGGAUUAUGAAAACAAAAAGCUAUUGGUAACAAAAAAUCUUGAGCCAGAAUUGGAGCAACA